GAAACAAUAAGAAGGCUUCAUAUACAACAUUAAAUACAAAACUUGAUACAAAAUCUUAAACCGACAAAUAUUGGUGAACCCUUACGAACUAAUAAAACCCAAAAAAUGUUCUUCUUCUUCGUCGGUGGAUUAGGGCAACAAGUGAGGCAAGUACUAAAAUCCAGCGCUGGAACAUGCAUAAGAUGCGGCUCUGAAGCUGAUCUGGUCGAUUACGACAAAGUCUUGAAACUCUUCUUCGUUCCUGUCUGGAGAUGGCCUGGUCAAGAUCCUCUGCUUCACUGUAAAGCCUGCGAUCUUUUCUUCCCUCAGACUCUUUCUUCACCUCCACCAGUUUCUUCUUUAGCUACUUGCCGCUUCUGUGAUCGUGCUGUGGAGCCUGAGUUCCGUUUCUGCCCCUUUUGUGGCUCUUCUCUGUAAACUUUGUUCUGCUUCAAGAACUUGUACUUAUCUACAAGAUGUCUUAGUUACUUUGAGUUAUAUUCUGUUCUACAAGAUGUCUUAGUUAGUUUGAGUUGUGUUCUGUUCUUUAGUAUGUGUAAGUAAAUGGUUCUUGGAAGGUAUGGGUUUAGUGGGGAAAAUCUUGAUAUUCAAUUUCUGAUGAUGAGUGAACUGUACAAUGGGAAAAAUGAAUAACAAUAUAUCUCCUUUGGAUUUACA